UAAACAAAAUUAAACAAAUAAUUAACAUUUCUUAUUAACAUCAUAACUUAUCUUCGAGCUAAUAAAAGUUUCUUAUUUGCCCGUGAACUGUGAAAGUUUUAAAGUUUUUAAACAACAAGUGACCCCUGGCAAGGAAAUUAGCUGCGCAGCAAUACUUAAGUUACUCAGCCAGGAAAAGCCAUCCCAAAUACUGUUAUAAUUGCACAGCGAUUCAGACAUUAAUUAGUAAUAAGGACCCCAAAUAGAAUCCACCCCCGAAGCGCCCACGUAGCGCGUAGUCACGACAAACUUAUUGCACUGCUGCACCAGUUUAGCUAUAUGAAAUCCUCUAGCAAUCUGUGUCAAAGAACCCGGUUCAUAAGCCACUCCCCUGCCUGCUCCUUGGACAGAGGACUCCAGCAGGUAACCUCAAAAUGUGUAGGGAAAGGAGCUGGGAAAGCUGGGAAAGAAGCACACCUUGAAUGUCUUCCGGUAGUCGCUAGAAAAAACAACAAAGGGGAGAAACUUCUUGAACAACUUUGGGGGCAACUGCGCAUGGAUUUGGUUUUGUUGUGGUUUUUUGCUUUGUUAACUUUGGUCGCAUUGCUAUGACAUUGGCCAGUGGGGUGGAGUCGACCUGGUCGACAUGGGGCCAGGUCGGCUCCAGCGUUUCCCACAUUCGUUGCUCGGUUGUCAGACAAAACAUACGUCCGCUCAAGCGGUCUACCCAUUCAAAUAUUUAUUGAUCGACAGGCUUGGCGGAGUAUUCGGCGCAUGUUGCAAAUACGUCAGAUAUUAGCCAGAUGGGUGCCUAGGUAAGUCAUCUGCUUGCUACGUUUUCGGUGUCCUGUGUUGCUUCCAUUUAUUUGUGCCACCCACCACUGCCACCACCACCAGCACACAAAUAUUUAAUUGCAUGCCAUGUUUAUGACCCACACACAUGUUAGCAAAGAUGCAGAAAGGCCCAAGUAGGGUUCAGUUACCCCGUUUAGGGUUUUGUAGCUGGCAUUGAACUGUCAACCCGUGAAGUCCUCGACCAGCCCGGUAGUGCCAAUUUCAAAGGAGCACGCUCUCGAACACCUGGGGCUACAAAAUCGAUUUAGGUUUCGUGUUCACUAGCUAGAAAGUUAAUUACCCUCGGUUUCUAAUCUAAUACUAAUGAACAGACACAAUGGUACAAUUCUUAUUUAUACGAAGCAAAACAAAACUAGUAAAAAUAGUUUCCAUUUAAUGGAAUUAAACAUUAGUCCAUACAGUCAAAUGAAUGACAACUGCAGUUACCAAUUCCACAUAAGGUUAUGUACAUAUACUUGGGUCAAAAAAUCGAUUUAGUUCUCGUGCUUAUAAGUGGUAGACUAGUAAUGAUUAUGUUGUGUAUCUAAUAGCAAUUGAAUGUUUACAAUAUCGAUUUAUUUGAUUAGCUAAUUAGCUGCAUUUAGAUUGGAAAAAGUUGGCGGGAAGAAGUUUAUAUUGAUGUACUUUGGCACAUUAUAAUUUAUUAUCUAUAUUUUUAUUACUUUAUAUUAUUCAACAAUUCCUUUGGCCCACCAAAAUUUACGUUCAAACUAAAUAACUCAUUCUAAAAGUUCUCUCAUUUGUUGUUUGUUUCAUUCCAUCGAAAUCGACUAACCAAAUCAUACCGAAUUCGUGAAACCAAACCUCCAAAAUGUUCCGGACAUCCCCAAAAAACCAAAUCUAUUCAAAUACAAUAACUUGUACAUAUAUGCAUACACAUCAAAUCGUAAGACAGUCCCUGAAAUAAUACCAGAUCGAAUAUCAAAUCACUCCACACUCGCUCGCAUACCCUCGAAUGCAAGUUCGCCCCUGUGAGUCCAUAUGUGUUCGUGUCUGAGCUAUCAAACAGAAAAAUUCUUAAACAUUUUGUGUGCCCAAUGCAAAGCAAUGCGACGUGCAAACAUCAAACGUGGUCAAUGUUUGAGCUUAAGACCACAAGGUAGCAGCAAAAUGGAUCGCUAUGAGAAGCUCAGUCGGCUGGGCGAGGGCUCCUACGGUGUGGUCUACAAGUGCCGGGAUCGAGAGACGGGUGCUCUGGUGGCGGUCAAGAGGUUUGUGGAGUCCGAGGAUGAUCCAGCGAUUCGUAAAAUUGCACUGAGAGAAAUUAGGCUACUGAAGAACCUGAAGCAUCCGAACCUUGUCUCCCUGCUAGAAGUGUUCCGACGGAAGCGACGCCUCCACCUGGUCUUCGAGUUCUGCGAGCUGACCGUGCUGCACGAACUGGAGCGGCAUCCACAGGGCUGCCCGGAGCACCUGACCAAACAGAUCUGCUACCAGACCCUGCUGGGCGUGGCCUACUGCCACAAGCAGGGCUGCCUGCACCGCGACAUCAAGCCGGAGAACAUCCUGCUGACGGCCCAGGGUCAAGUGAAGCUGUGCGACUUCGGCUUCGCCCGGAUGCUCAGUCCGGGCGAGAACUACACGGAUUACGUGGCCACCAGGUGGUACCGGGCGCCGGAGCUGCUGGUGGGUGAUACUCAAUACGGCACUCCGGUGGACGUCUGGGCCAUCGGUUGCCUCUUCGCCGAGUUGGUCCGGGGCGAGGCCCUCUGGCCAGGACGCAGCGAUGUGGAUCAGCUAUAUCUGAUCCGCAAGACACUCGGCGACCUGCUGCCGCGCCACAUCCAGAUCUUCGGACAGAACGAAUACUUCAAGGGCAUCACGCUACCAGUGCCGCCGACGCUGGAGCCGCUGGAGGACAAGAUGCCGGCCAAGUCGCAGCAGAAUCCCCUUACUAUUGACUUUCUCAAGAAGUGCCUGGACAAGGACCCGACAAAGCGCUGGUCCUGCGAGAAGCUCACAAAGCACUCCUACUUCGACGACUACAUCGCCAAGCAGCGCGAGCUGGAGCACGUCAACAGCCUGGAGGCGGCCAAUCUCCGCCAGCAGCAGCUCGCCUCCCAGCAGUUCAUGCUGGCCACGGCAGCCCAGCAGCUCCAGACGGGUCCUGCCCAGGCGGCGGCCAUUGCGGCGGCCCGGGAUAAAUCAAAGACUUCAAACACAUCACUACCGCUGCUGCCUAGCACGCAGCAUCAUCAUCACCCGCAUCAAGAUUACGUGAAGCUGCAGCCCCUGAACAAGAAUGCGAACCUGCUGCAUCGCACCGAGCAUCAUCUGCCCACAAUUUGAGUUUGAGCAGAGAAUUUGUAACGAAGUAAUGUCCUUGAGCGAGAAUUGAGCCCGAAUAUUUAACUUAUUUACUGCUGGGAAUAAAUGUGUAAAAGUAA